AAUAGGAGUAUUAUAAAAAUGAGUAAAGUGGUGGGAAUUGAUUUAGGUACUACUAAUUCAGUAGUUGCAGUAAUGGAAGGUGGAAAACCAGUUGUUAUAGCUAACUCAGAAGGCGCUAGAACAACUCCUUCAGUAGUAGCCUAUACUAAGAACGGUGAACGUUUAGUUGGGCAAAUAGCAAAAAGACAAGCAGUUAUUAAUCCUGAAAAUACUUUUUAUUCAAUUAAAAGAUUUAUAGGAAGAAAAGGUAAUGAAGUCUCUGAAGAGUCAAAACAAGUUUCAUAUAAGGUAAUAACAGAUAAUAAUCAAAAUGUUAAAAUUGAAUGUAGUGUUCUAGGAAAACAAUUUGCCCCAGAAGAAAUAUCAGCUCAAGUGUUAAGAAAACUUGCUGAGGAUGCUAGUCAAUAUUUGGGUCAAAAAGUUACUCAAGCAGUGAUCACAGUUCCAGCUUAUUUUAAUGAUUCACAACGUCAAGCAACUAAAGAUGCAGGUAAGAUUGCAGGAUUAGAAGUUCUACGUAUUAUUAAUGAACCUACUGCUGCUUCAUUAGCCUAUGGUUUAGACAAGAAAAGUAAUGAAACAAUAUUAGUCUUUGAUUUAGGUGGUGGAACCUUUGAUGUUUCAAUACUUGAAGUCGGAGACGGAGUCUUUGAAGUUUUAUCUACAGCUGGAGAUACUCAUCUUGGAGGUGAUGAUUUUGAUAAAAAGAUUGUAGAUUGGUUAAUUAGUGAGUUUAAAAAAUUAGAAGGAAUAGAUUUAAGUAAAGAUAAACAAGCCUUACAAAGAUUAACUGAAGCAGCAGAAAAAGCAAAAGUUGAACUAUCAAACGUAAGUCAAACAGAAAUUAGUUUACCUUUUAUUACGGCUACAGAUACUGGUCCAAAACAUUUAGAAAAAACACUUACCAGGGCUAAAUUUGAAGAAUUGUGUUCUGAUUUAAUCAAUCGUUGUCGUAUACCAGUAGAGACUGCUUUAAAAGAUGCAAAAACUGAUGCAACUAAAAUAAAUGAAGUUGUUCUUGUCGGAGGUUCAACAAGAAUUCCAGCUAUUAAACAAUUGGUUCAAAAUAUCUUAGGUAAGGUACCAAAUCAGAGUGUUAAUCCAGAUGAAGUUGUGGCAAUAGGUGCAGCUGUGCAGGCAGGUGUUUUAGCUGGUGAAGUAAAAGAUUUAUUAUUAUUAGAUGUUACUCCUCUCUCUUUAGGAGUUGAAACUUUAGGUGGUGUUAUGACUAAAAUAAUUCCACGUAAUACAACAAUUCCAACGAAAAAAUCAGAAAUUUUUUCUACAGCAAUAGAUAAUCAACCUAAUGUUGAAAUUCAUGUUUUACAAGGUGAAAGAGAACUAGCAAAAGAUAAUAAAAGUUUAGGAACUUUUCGCUUAGAUGGGAUAGCACCUGCACCAAGAGGUGUGCCUCAAAUUGAAGUUACAUUUGAUAUUGAUGCUAAUGGAAUUUUAUCCGUCACAGCUAAAGAUAAAGCAACUAACAAGGAACAAUCUAUUACUAUUACAGGUGCUUCAACCUCUCCUAAAGAAGAAGUAGAACGUAUGGUGAGAGAAGCUGAACAAUAUGCUAAUGAAGACAAAGAGCGUCGUGAAAAAAUUGAUUUAAAAAAUCAAUCAGAUUCUUUAAUUUAUCAAACAGAAAAACAAAUCAAAGAAUUUGGUGAUAAAAUUUCUAGUGAAGAUAAAACGAAUCUUGAGUCUCUUGUACAGAAUUUACGGGCAAGUAUUCAAGAAGAAAAUUAUGAUCAAAUGAAAUCUAUUAGUCAAACUUUACAACAAAAAUUAAUGAAUAUAGGACAAAAGUUAUAUAGUAAUACAUCAAAUCAAAAUGUUGGUGUAAAUAAUUCUUCUAAUACUUCUACUCAAAAUAAUUCUAACGAUGGUACUGUCGAUGCUGAAUUUUUUGAAACUAAAAAUUAGAAGGAAGCAUUAAAAAACCUCAAUAAAUAGAAAAAGAUAUUA